UGUAAACUGGCAGUUCAAGCACGAAUCAUCAGAGCGUGGUUUUACUAACAAGCAGAGCGCUACUGGUGCUACUAUCUUCAAACAUGAAUCAUUCCGAAGAACUUACACGAUAAAUAGAUAUAUAAACUGUUCUUAUCAUUAUACCUUACCAGUUAUCUUCUGCCGUGGUUCUCAGCUAUACUACCAACGAAAUGUACCGAUCAAUGUUGCUUCUUUUCGCGCUAGUGGCAGGUGCCGUAGAGUCUUCGCCUGUAGAAUGGAUUUACCAAAGUGAUGUUGACCACUUUCCUGUGAGGCAGCAGAAAAUCGUUCAACCUAAAGAACAACCACCACACAAUCUAGGUGAAAUUGAGAGUGAACUAGAGGUUGAUCAGAAAGACUUUCAUACGUACCCAAAGUACAAGUACGAAUAUGGCGUCAAAGACCCGCUGACUGGUGAUCAUAAAAGUCAGUGGGAGAUGCGCGAUGGAGAUAUCGUGAAAGGAUCGUAUACACUUGACGAACCUGAUGGUUCCCAGCGGAUCGUGGAAUAUCGAGCAGAUGAUCGUAAUGGAUUCGAGGCUGUUGUUAAAACCAUCAAACGUCCCCACCUGAAUACCCAGAUUUUGCUGGAUGCAUCCGACAAGCAGACGCAAUCGAAUAGCAAGAGUGACAAACUGAGUAGCGUAGGCCGAAGUUAUACCAAACUCACUAGAUACGACUAA